UUUGUGGAUUUUCAAGGUUAGCCAAAGUUCAAUGUUAAUGGUUAAAGCAAAUAAAUGUGCUCGACACAAAGUUAACGCUAUUGAAGGCUGUUUCUUUUCGUCUGUUGAUCGGAAGUUGGUUGUUUUUUUAUUUCCUCAUUUUGUUAUGUUAUGCUUCCUUUUUCUUUUUUUCUUUCUUUUAUUUAGGGAGGCUAGUUUUCCUAGCUACUUAUCAUUGCAUUGGGAAGGGUUUUCCAUUGUCAGUACAAAAAAAUAUAAUAUUGUGUAAUGUAUUUUGGUAAUGUAGACCACUUUUCUGUAUGCAUAUGCAUUUUCUUGAGUAAUAUUGUUGUAGAGGGCAUUUCAUUUCAUUUUUCAUCCAAACCUUUUCUUUUUCUUAAACUUUUUUUGUGUUGAUCUGGAUGACAUCAAAUACUGAAUACAGUUUGUAUAAUCACCAUUCUUCCAAACAGACACAGAGCGAAUAUACAUGCAAGCUGCUGAAAUAAUUGCAGAAGAAUAUGGGAAGACUUUUACUUGGGAGAUGCAGACCCAGAUUAUGGGGCUGGCAGCCACCGAAGAUGCAAAGUACAAUAUAGAGACAAAUCAGCUUCCAUUGACAGUAGACGAGUAUCUUGAAAAAGUGAAUAGUGUGUGUAACCAACUUUUUCCCAAUGCAGAAAAGUUGCCAGGUGCAGAAAAGCUUGUAUAUCACCUCCAUAAACACAACAUUCCUAUUGCCAUAGCAUCAGGGGGAGCUCAGGAUAGUUUUGAGCUCAAGACAACCAAUCACAAGGAAUUAAUGUCCAAGUUCAGCCACGUGGUGUUGGCCUCCACGGACCCAGAAGUGAAAAAUGGAAAACCAGCUCCAGAUGUGUUUCUUGUAUGUGCUAAUAGGUUUCCUGAUACACCAAAACCUGAAAAGUGCUUAGUGUUUGAGGAUGCGCCUAAUGGGGUAGCAGCAAGUGUGGCAGCUGGAAUGCAGGUCGUAAUGGUCCCAGAUCCUCGCAUGAAAGAGGAAAUGACCAAAGGGGCUACUCAGGUCCUCAAGUCGCUAGAAGAUUUCAAGCCCGAGCUCUUUGGGUUGCCACCUUAUGAUGCUUAGGUCAUUUUCAGUGCAAUUUGUUUUGAGACAUCUCAAUAAUUUUGUUUUUUUUUUCUUUUCUAUACUUGCAGACUGUACAGUAUUAAAUUAUUUU